AUGGACCGUCGUGUCGCAAUCGCAUCGCAAGUCGCCAUCGCCGCUGUGGCCGGCUAUUGCAUCUACAGAGCUUUCAAUGCUCAGCAGCAGCAACCCUCCCUCAAGGAAGCUGCCCCCUCUUCUGCUGCCCCUCUCACUCCCAAGCAGAUUGAGAUCAUCAAGGCCACUGUGCCUGUCCUACAGGAACAUGGCACUGCCGUCACCACUGCGUUCUACCGAAACAUGCUGACCGAGCAUCCGGGACUUAACAACGUGUUCAACACGGCCAACCAGGUCAAUGGUCACCAAGCACGCGCGCUGGCGGGCGCCCUUUUCGCAUACGCUUCCCAUAUCGACGACCUCGGUGCCCUCGGUCCGGCCGUUGAAUUGAUUUGUAACAAGCACGCUUCUCUCUACAUCCAACCGGAUGAUUACAAGAUCGUCGGGAAAUACCUGCUGGAAGCCAUGAAGGAGGUUCUCGGUGAUGCCUGCACGGAUGACAUCCUCGACGCGUGGGCUGCAGCAUACUGGGCGCUGGCGAACAUCAUGAUUGACCGCGAAGGCUCCCUGUACAAGCAGAGCCAGGGCUGGACCAACUGGCGCCAGUUCCGUGUGGCCAAGAAGGUGCGCGAGUCGGACGAGAUCAUCUCAUUCUAUCUCACGCCUGUCGAUGGCAAGCCGCUACCAAGCUUCAAGCCAGGCCAGUACAUCUCCGUGCGCGUCGAUGUGCCGGAAUUGAAGUACCCCCAGGCCCGCCAGUAUUCCCUCAGUGACACCCCUCGCUCGGAUUACUACCGCAUCAGUGUGAAGAAGGAAUCCGGCCUCAACCCCCGGGCUCCCGGCGCCAAGCAACACCCCGGAUAUGUAUCCAACAUCUUGCACGACGUCACCAAGGAAGGCGACCUCGUUGAAGUUUCUCACCCCUGCGGAGACUUCUUCUUGUCCAGCACUGAAGCCUCCCACCCUGUUGUUCUUCUGUCGGCCGGUGUCGGCGUCACACCCCUGAUGUCCAUCCUCAACACCAUCACCGAUUCCGCCUCCAGCCAGCGCAAGAUCCACUUCGUUCACGGAUCUCGCAGCAGCCAGGCCCGCGCCUUCAAGGACCACGUUCAGGCACUCGAGAAGAAGUUCCCCAACCUGCAGGUGACAUUCUUCACCAGCGCGCCGUCCGAUCACGAUCAGCCUGGCGUCGACUACCACCACAUGGGCCGGAUUGAUCUGGAGAAGCUCGACCCCUCGGCUGACCUGCACUUGAACGAUCCCCGCACGGAGUUCUACAUUUGCGGUCCCGAGUCGUUCAUGACCCAGAUGGAGGACUCGUUGAAGGCCCGGGGUGUGGGCGAUGAUCGCAUCAAGAUGGAGCUGUUUGGCACGGGUGGUGUGCCUCGCAACUGA